GUGUGUGAAAAGGUGAAUCUUCAUCUAAGUUUUCUAGUUCAAUCAUCAUUUCAAUUUUCUAAUUUUUCUUCAUUUUCUGUGAAACUCUGUUGAAUUAGACCAAUUUGACUCUUUUUUCAUUUAUAAUUUCAAAAUUGGUGUUCAAUUUCAUUUUUCCGAUUAUACCCAUGAUUUUUCUUUUUAGUGCCGUGUUUUGUGAAUUAUGCUUUACCAAUUUCAUAGCAAAUUUGUGGACUCUCUGAAUUAGGCUACUCACUCCUCGGUGACAGAACUAAACAGAAAGGGUUCCUUUGUGCUGCUGAUGGCCACUAAUGAAAAUCUUCCGCCUAACGUAAUAAAGCAACUUGCAAAGGAGUUGAAAAAUCUUGAUGAAACGCCUCCUGAGGGCAUUAAAGUUGUCGUGGAUGAUGAUGAUUUCUCAACGAUACAUGCUGACAUUGAUGGGCCAGCUGGGACUCCUUAUGAGAAUGGAGUUUUCCGCAUGAAAUUGAUACUGUCCCGUGAUUUUCCUCAUUCUCCUCCUAAAGGAUAUUUCAUGACCAAGAUUUUCCAUCCAAAUAUUUCAAGCAAUGGAGAGAUUUGUGUCAACACACUUAAAAAGGAUUGGAAUCCUAGCCUUGGGCUACGACAUGUCCUUACCGUUGUUAGGUGUCUAUUGAUUGAACCGUUUCCAGAAUCGGCUCUAAAUGAGCAGGCUGGUAAACUACUGCUUGAAGAUUAUGAGCAGUAUGCUAGACAUGCCAGGCUUUACACCGGAAUACAUGCAAAACCGAAGCCCAAAUUCAAAAGUGGAGCUAUAACCGAAUCAACUACUGCUCUGAAUGUUGAUCAGACAAACACCUCGGUGCUUAAUGCUGACAGCAAAACUGUGCCAUCAAAUGCUGCUCUACCACCAUUGUUGAUGCCCUCAACCACUGCAGCAAGAGGAGCUAGUCAGGAUCAGGCAAUGGGUGUUCUGACCGAGUCAUCUGUUAAUUGUUCUACUGCUUCUGCAGUAGCUUCUGCUGCUCCUGCACCACAAAAGAAGGAUAUUCGAACUGCUAAAGCUCAGGCAGACAAGAAGAAGUUAGAUGCUAGAAAGAAAAGUUUGAAAAGAUUGUGAUGAAGUUGUUCAAAAUCAAACUUUUUUGUUAUUUGUGUCUUAGUUUUUGCAAUUUGAUAGAAAGAAAAAGAGAGGGAGGUGGCAGGGAAAUGAGUUCAAAAUUUGGUUUAUGAUGUGUUGUAAUUUUCAAUGGGAAGAAAUGGGUGAAAUUGAACUUUGUGUACUAUUGAUCUUUUUGUGAAAGAAGACUCACCCUUUAUUUUUA